AUGGCGCAGCAGCCUGAAAAACUUAAAUGGAAAGAUGUUUUCCCGUUUGGGUUAUCCGCGUCGCAGUUUGGUAUGGCUCUUGGCUUCUGUGGACGCGUCGUGGACUUUGUAGACUAUUUGCGCAACGUUGUCGGAACGGAGUUAGAAUUUAAAGGGAAUGCCAGCACGGAUCAUGGCAUUAAAACCGAACCGAAGGCACGUGCGUUGUAUGAGCUUUUAACGGGUACUUUUGUGAGUGACGGAGGGUUUUUUUUGACAGCCGACCGACUGUUGGGAUGUUCGCCUGACGGGCGCAUCUUCUCCUGUGUGGAUGCGUCGCCUCCCAGUCCCGCUGCUGAUGUGAAAAGCGACAAUGAACACAAAUCCGCAAGGACACUUGUGAGUGUGCGGGUGCCGUUCCGCUCAAAAUGGAAGCGGCGGAAGGAGCCAAACGUGACACCCGCAAGUGGCCCGACGCGCCGCGUGCGUCGCUUACUAGAGAUUAAGUCGCCUGUUCACUCCCUAUAUGACGGCUCAAAACCGAACUAUCAGCCUUUUGGUAUUCCACUACAUUACCUCUGCCAGUUGCAGGGCCAAAUGGCAAUUGCCGACGUUGAUGAGUGUGACUUCUUUGUGUAUCUUGAUGGCCCUGUCUGCCAGGUGGUGGCUUGGCGCGUGAGACGAAGCAUCAAGUUUUGGGAAUGGGCGAGCCCCAAACUGCUACAAGUAGUGGAGUGGGUGCGGGACGGUCCACCAGCGUGGCUGGACCGCCGUUUUGAGUUUGGGACGUUUGACUUUAAUGAUAUUGCGGUGGAGCCGCUUGUUUUUCCUUAUAACCUCACAGCCAACGUGCCGAUAGUUGACCCCCGUCGGUUUCCCUUCUUCCACCGGUACCCCAACCCGUACCUGGGCACGCCGAGUGGGGUCAGCCAAGAGGUUAUUCACCGAGGCCUGACGAGUGCCGUGACACGCUUUCUUUUUCACAGGCGUGUUGAUGAAACACAGCCGGAGAAUGAGAAGCAAGAGCGUAAUAAAAAUGCCGUUAUGUGGUGCAGAUUAACAGACAACGUACCUGACAGUGCGCUUGGCUCACCCACUUGGAGCACCGUUGACCUGAGGCGUGAUCUCAUCUUUGGCAAGACGUUGGCUGUGGUGUGUCCGCAAGAUUUUGAUGACGAUGGAGUAUUUUGCCGUGUGCAUGCUACGGGAGGUAAACAAGGGAGUAAUGAUUGUGACUCACUCUACGUGCGCUUUUAUCAACGCCAUUUUUUUCUUUCACUGGAGCCAUUGGAAGACCCAUUGGAGACGGAUAGAGCUGCUGGCGUUGUCUGCGCUGAGGCGCCGUUGCAACUGGUGUGA